UCCCAUCCCAUCCCAUCCAGUUUCAGCCACCAACACGUCCAACACACACACACACACACACAAUCUAGCUUGCUUGCAGGUUGUCACUGAUCACUGCGGUCGACGACGAUGGCGGCACGCCUGAUGCUGGUGGCGGCGCUCCUGUGCGCGGCGGCGGCCAUGGCCACGGCGCAGCAGGCGAACAACGUCCGGGCGACGUACCACUACUACCGGCCGGCGCAGAACAACUGGGACCUGGGCGCGCCCGCCGUGAGCGCCUACUGCGCGACCUGGGACGCCAGCAAGCCGCUGUCGUGGCGGAGCAAGUACGGCUGGACGGCGUUCUGCGGCCCCGCCGGCCCCCGCGGGCAGGCGGCCUGCGGCAAGUGCCUCCGGGUGACCAACCCGGCGACGGGGGCGCAGAUCACGGCGAGGAUCGUGGACCAGUGCGCCAACGGCGGGCUGGACCUCGACUGGGACACCGUCUUCACCAAGAUCGACACCAACGGGAUUGGGUACCAGCAGGGCCACCUCAACGUCAACUACCAGUUCGUCGACUGCCGCGACUAGAUUGUCUGUGGAUCCAAGGCUGGCUAGCUAGCUAUGAUAAUUGCUAAGAAUAAAAGGCUAGCUAAGCUAUGAGUGAGCAGCUCGGACUGAUCCAUGCAUGGUGUUAAAUAAAAGCUAGCACGUGAUGCUGCAUUGUAUACGUGUAUACACUACGUACAUGAAACGAAAUAAAGUGGAACAGAUCAAAUGGGUUUA